AUGCAAUGGGAUAGCUCGCCCAAUGGUGGCUUCACCGACGCGAGUGCAAAGCCAUGGAUGACUAUCAACAAAGACUACACCGAUUGGAACGUUGCUAGCCAGAUCGAUGAUCCCGAGAGCAUCAUGGCUUACUGGAAGCAGAUGAUUGGGCUGCGAAAAGAAUACUCUGAUCUUUUCGUCUACGGAUCGUAUACCUCUAUGGAUGAAUCUGAGACGGGUGAGAUGGUUGUCGGAUACGAGCGCACCUGGAGCCAAACGGGUCAGAAAGCGGCUGUGCUGUUGAAUUUCUCUGAUCAAAUUCAGACUGUUCCAGUGGAGAAGUAUGAGGGUUUCUCGAUCUUGAUUUCAAACGACGGUCGCAUUGAUCCUGCCAAAAACCAGGUUGAGCUGCAGCCCUAUGGCGCCGUGGUUUUUUUGAACGCAUAG